AUGGAUCCAACUUCCGCAAUGGGCUGUGCUGCCAAUGCGAUUCAAUUCGUCGAAUUUGGAAGGAAACUGGUCUCCGAAAGCCUUGAGAUCUAUCGCUCUGCUGACAAUGUGAGAAAUGCCAAUAAUAACCGCCUUAACGAGAAGGUCAGGGCGGAGAAAGAACUUAACCGGAUUUGCAAAAAUUGUGACGAUGUGGCCCAGCAACUCUUACAAGAGUUAGACAAGAUGAGACUCCAUGGCGGGCAUAGGAAGUGGGGGAGUUUCAGACAAGCACUCGGCAACAUCAUAUCCGAGAGACAUACUCAAAGGUACAAUAUCCUCCGUUUAACCCUCAGCGGCCACAGCAACAGCAAGACUUAUCACAAGCCGCACAUGAAGAACGACAAAUGCGCUACCAACAAGGUGAAGAAAGAGAUAGGGCUGACCGUCUUAACGAGACCUUAUACGACAUCCCAGAUGACGAUAUCCUAG